AUGUCGGAUCAGUCACCUAAUUCUGCACAGAAGCAAGAGGCACUCGAGGACAGUGCAGUUGCCUCGAACUCGCCACACGACCAAGUCGACACCGCGACUGAGCAGGAACAACAAGAAGAGGAACAAGACGCGACUGAGCAGAAAGAGAAGGACACUUCAUCGCCAACUCACAAUUCCGAUAAAAACCCCGCAGAAGACACAUCCGCACCCCCAUUACCCGACGAGAUCCCUCCGCCCCUCCCCGACGAAGCACCACCAGGCCAAGCCGAGGACGACGGAUGGGAACCCGUAUGGGAGGCAUCAUCACAAGCAUACUAUUUCUACAAUCGUUUUACGGGUGUUUCUCAGUGGGAUAACCCCAGAAUCUCCGAAUCAACAGCUCCGGAACCAGAGACAGCCCCAGAACCCCCACGGAAGAAGUCUCCUGUUCUGGGUGGCUACAACCCCGCCGUUCACGGAGACUAUGAUCCAACUGCGUCAUAUGCACAGCAAUACGAAGAACAAGAAGAAACGAGCACCGCUGCGGUAGAUCCCACAGCUGCUUACGCAGCUGCUGGGAGCUUCAACCGCUUCACAGGUCGAUGGCAAGCGGACUCGAUCAACGCGGACAGACACAAUGAUGAGAACAAAUCUGGCCGACAGAUGAACGCAUAUUUUGAUGUCGAUGCUGCGGCAAAUUCACACGAUGGUCGAAGUCUGCGAGCUGAGCGAAGUGCAAAGAAACUGAGCAAGAAAGAGCUAAAGGUGUUCAAGGAGAAGCGACGAGAGAAGAAGGAGGAAAAACGCAGAGCUUGGCUGCGGGAUUGA